AGUUGGUUCUUUUUCCAGAGCGAAUUGCACGACAUUUCAAGUACAGGAAGAAGGAGAUAACGCCCUUACCUAGUUGUACAGAGCGACGCUUCGAGCAGUUCCUCAUUCAGCGUCUGCAGCUGCACAGGUGCUGACGGGAAAGACCAGUGAUCCUCGAAUGGCAGGCACAGUCAGCAGGAGCUUUGGAAGCCCGCCGUUCCACUGGGUGAGUGCAAGUCAUGGCAACGUGCCGCACAACGCCGUUCCAGGUGGGAGAGACUCUGGUGAAACUCUGUAUGUCGGGAGGGCUCACAAAGGAGGAGACCUCAUUCCAGGAAAGAUCAUCCCCUCUCAUCGUGUUAUCUGCGUGCCACGCAUGGGAUGGGAAUAUCCGAUAACGUCGUAUGAGGCUCUGGUGUGUGACGACAGCAGCCAACUCAGCUGGGUAGAAGAGUCCGGAGGAAAACUACCGCCUGGCGCGAUCCAGGGCGGAGUGACAGCCAACGGUGAACCCCUCUACAUCGCUCGGGCACACCACCGAGGCACACUCGCCAUCGGGAAACUUGAGUGCUCGCACGGCUGUGCUUACAUCGCAUACGGUUCAGGAGAAUAUGCAUACUCCGAGUACGAGGUACUAGUCUGGCGUGCUGGUAACUUCUGAACUGCACUUGACAACGUGGCAAUGUGCGCAACAGCCGUGCUCAACGCAAGAACGUCACGCAUAAGUUCCUUCCUCUGCUCAUCCUUAUUGAUUGCGAUCUUUUGUCAUUUCUUUUUUGUCAUUGUUGAUGGCUUGGGGGACUCGAUUCCACACUGUUCUUAUGUGAAACAUGCUUAGAGUGUAGAAAGCCUAUGUCUAAUAAACGUAAAUGCUCCAUGUCAUUCAUGCUAUCUGCACCAUAACCUGUCUAAAAGAAUCGCAUAACGACAUCUUUGGUGACUGAACUUGAAAACUCUGAGCUAUGAGUGCAACAAGAAGGCCAAUACUGACGAAGCGCUCGAGCCUCAACUGUUUUGUUUGUCUUGUCACUUCCGUUGCACCCACCGCAUAGGCUACAGUCACUAAGUAGGCAACGUUUCAGAAUAACGGCACCUGUUAUGACCACAAGCUGCCGCCAUAUCCCCCGCGCUUUUUUCCUGUGUAGUCUUUACCAAUCAAUGCUAUUCUUGUUAUGCAACUAGUUGUUUGUGACGUUGUAUUACUUUUCCACUGUUAAUCCAUUUCCUGUCUUUUUUUUUUCUUGUACUCUUGUACUUUACUUGUCUUUGUAAUCAUUUUCAUUUCUGUUAUGCGUUCUCCAUGUAAUGCCGCAAGGUCCUUGGAGCAGUACAAUAAAUAAAUAUCGUCUGCAGUCUA